GCCGCCGCCGCCGCGCUGGGUCCCGCGCCCGAGCCGCCGCGGCCGCGCUGCCCGCCGGCCCUCGCCCCCGCUCGCCGCGCGCCGGCCCGGGGGAUGUGAGCGCCGCAGCUCCCGGCUGCCAGGCUCCGCGUCCGCUCGCGACCCGCCGCCUCGGGACGCCCCCCGCCCGCCUCGCGGGCCCGCCGGCUCCUCAGACAUGAACCCGUCCUCGGCGCCCCCGCCGGGGCAGCAGGUGAUCCACGUCACGCAGGACCUGGACACGGACCUCGAGGCCCUGUUCAACGCCGUCAUGAACCCGCGGCCCAGCUCGUGGCGGAAGAAGAUCCUGCCGGAGUCCUUCUUCAGGGAGCCGGACUCGGGCGCGCACUCGCGCCAGUCCAGCACCGACUCGUCGGGCGGCGCCCCGCACGCCGCCCCGCACGCCGCCCCGCACGCCGUUCUCCCGGGGCUCCCGGGCCCGCGGCCCGGCGGCGCCCAGCACGUGCGCUCGCACUCGUCGCCCGCCUCGCUGCAGCCGGGCGCGGUGGCGGGGCCCGGCGCGGGGGGCCCGGGGGCGCAGCACGCGCACCUCCGGCAGCGCUCCUACGACGUGACGGACCUGCCCGAGGAGCCGCUGCCGCCGGGCUGGGAGAUGACCUUCACGGCUGCGGGCCAGCGCUACUUCCUCAAUCACAUAGAAAAGAUCACCACGUGGCAAGACCCUCGGAAAACCAUGACUCACCACCUGAACCAUGCGUCGAUCCACGCUGCCCCGGCCACCUCCACACCAGUGCCACAGAGGGCCAUGGCCACGUCCCAGCCCAACCUGGUGAUGGCCCCCCAACACCAGCCGCCCAUGGUGCCUGGCGCCCUGGGACAGCAGAGCCCCUCGGCAGGGCUGGUGGCCGUGCCCCCGGCGCUGACCACCCAGCAGCAGCAGCAGCAGAAGCUGCGGCUGCAGAGGAUCCAGCUGGAGAGGGAGAGGAUCCGGAUGCGGCAGGAGGAGCUCAUGCGGCAGGAAGCCGCCCUCUGCAGACAGCUCCCCGUGGAUGCUGAGUCCUUGGUGGCCGUGCCGGCCGUCAACGCGCCUGCCAUGAACACAGACCUGAGACCCAUUACCAGCAGCAACUCAGAUCCUUUCCUCAAUGGUGGGCCCUACCACUCCCGGGAGCAGAGCACGGACAGCGGUCUGGGGCUGGGCUGCUACAGCUUGCCCACCACGCCCGAGGACUUCCUGAGCCACGUGGACGAGAUGGACACAGGGGAAACCGCGGGCCCGGCGGCCAUGAGCGCCGCCCCGCCGCAGAGCCGCUUCCCCGACUUCCUGGACUGCCUGCCCGGGACGAACGUGGACCUGGGGACUUUGGAAUCCGAAGACCUCCUCCCGCUCUUCACCGACGUCGAGUCCGCCCUGAGCAAGAGCGAGCCCUUCCUCACCUGGCUGUGAGCCCGCGGCGGGCGCGGGCCGGCGCCGCCACCGCGCCCCUGCCGGCCCGGCUCCCGCGGCCGCUCCGGAGCCGCCCUAAGCGGAGCUCGGUGCCCGGCGUGGGCCGCCGGGGGCGGGGGCGAGCACCAGGCCCUCCUCCCGCGCGGCCACCCGGCGUGCGUGCGUGCGUGCGUGCGCGGGCCCGCGGAGCGCCACGCGUCCCUCGUGAUGGGGCGCGUGCCCGGAAAGCGGCCACCGGCGGGGGUCGGGGCGCUGCCUCCCCUCACCCCGCCCUCGGUGCCCUCCCGCCCCCCCCCCCCCCGCCCAGGCCGCUCCCUGUCUGCCCUUCAGCCAGGCCUCCCUUCCACAUGGCGACAGGCUCUCCCUUCCACACACAGCUUAGUAUGUGAGGACGCUUUUCUAAGGUCUCCGCAGUUCCGUCUUUGGAAACUUCUGGACAGCCAGGGCCGCCCCGAGCUGGGCAGGCCGGCGGCUGCACCCACGCCGCGGUGGUUUUGUCCUCGAGGUUCCACGUGCUUCACCAGACUCGCUGGAGUCUGCGGGCGCGUCCCCGUGUGCGCGUGCCCGUCCGCGGGUGCGCGUCCCCG